AGGAGCUUCACGUCCCUGACGCAUCAAGGACUAUUUGAACGUGUAUACGAGUCACUGACACCGCCAACAUACGAGGCUUUAUCGCCCAAAUAUCCAUUAUUCAAUUGCUCGCGGACAUGCGGUUCCGCAAUCUCAAAGUGAGGUCUCUUGAUCAGCCACAAUUCAUCAAUUCAACUUAUCCGUGUGAUCUGACAGCAAUUUAUAAAAUUCGGCUAAUCUGGCUCAAUAGCGUGUAUCAGAUUCUAGAUCACUCAAGCUGUGUUUGGAUAAAUGGCACUUGCAGCUUCACUUUUCCCGCUAUUCUCUCUUAUUAACUGCCCAAUGGCAUUCAGAUAUUUAGUGCAUGGGCUAGCUUCUUUGACACCGUUGUGAUUCGUACGGAGACGUUUCUUCAUUCCGUUUCAUGGGAUAUUUUCGCCUAUAAAAUCCCACUUUCGCCUGGUCGCUGCUCUUAGCAGACUACUAAGUAGGUACCUUACUUAUUGCAAUGAUAUGAGGGACCCCGUCUGAGCAACUCUACCAGUGCUCAUCAUGGCGUCUUACGCCAUAGUUUUGCUUGGCAUCUUGGCCAUGAGCAACGCCGCGCCUCAAUUCACAAUAGGAGAUGGCUCUACGAUUCUCGUCCCUGGUGGAGGAGCUACUUCACCGAACCCAGUUGGCCCCAUCCUGCUUCCUCCUAUUGACAGCCCGGAAGUCAAGCCUGGUAAGCGUGAUCUUGACGGGCCUUUUCUCGAGCGCAAAUUAUCUUCGUCAGACACUCCUAUGAGACCAUCGCAAGCUUUGGCUGAGCGAACGGAAGAUCUCAAUACCCUCAAAGAAACAUACUUCACUCUCUUGGAGCCCAUUAUUCAUGGGACUAAACCCUCUUUCGGAACUUAUAUGGUCCUCCUACACAUGGCGGACAUCCUCGCGAGCAAGGGAGUGGAAGUAGGCACCAUCACCCUGGGCGAAGCAACGACCAUAUUCAGCCCAACCACAAACACGAAGCGUCAAAUUUUCGAGAUUGGCUCUUGCAAGCUAUCUGAUGUCAUUGGUCUCCGCGCAACUCUCACAAGUCUCCUUCUCAUCUACAGCAACACCCCGCCCUUUGAGAUUUGGAACCUGGAGCAAGCAAUCAUCGCGGCGCUCAAAGCCUGCAACGAGGAUGUCAUUGUCGGACCCAUCAUCCCGGACAAACCUGUCCCAGGCGGGCCCGUUGUGACCCAGUCCCCGGUGCCUGGGGGUCCGAUCAAGCCAAGUGAUUAG